AUGGGUGUACCUGUAUUGAGCACUGAUCUUAGGCUGAAGAAGUUGAGAGGAUCAGGGGGCUAUGUUAUAGCAACCGUAGAUGAUCUCCAACAGGGAAAAGGAAACCUGGGCGGUCCGGAUCUGUUCCUUGCUCCCAUCGGCAGAAUUGACACUUCCAGAAUAUCAAAAUUCUUCUGCAACACAUGCGAGAGCGAAUACGACGGGGCCCCGGACAUCAAGUAUGAGAGUCCAAACGAGGAGGUAGCCGAGAAUCUGAUUCUGGCAGAGAAGGGGCAAUAUAUCUGCCAGACAUGCAGUUCGACCCUGGCAGAGUACAGGGAGUUUAAGAAGAGCGACGAGGCGGCAGAUGUCGGGGCUGCAAAACCGAUAGAGGUGGCAGAUACUGUUGCCAGCGAGGCUACAGAGGUGGCAGAUAUAUCCAUCAUUGAGGAUGCAGGACCCGAUACGAUAUCGACAGAACUACCGGUUCCGGAAACGGACCCAGAGUCGCAGCCUGAGACUGGGGAGAUCAGAUCAAUCAUCGGCAUGGCGAUCUUUGACAUGGGUGCCGCAGGGAUGGGAACCGUAAAACAGAUAGGCAUCGAUGCCACACAGACCCUGACCCUGGUGGUAGAAGGGGCCGACGGGACCAGACAAAUGAUCGCAUGGGAUCGGGUCAGGAGCGUAGGCGACAUUAUCCUUCUAGGAGAGAAAGGCCCCGCCGCGGCGCCAUCACAAGAUCACGGUUGCCCGCAGUGCAAGUUCGAGAACAAGCCGGAUUCAAAAUUCUGCGAGCAGUGCGGACACGCAUUCUGA